GGAGGGAUUUGGGAUCAAACCGCCACGCAACCCAAACACGUUUGAGUUUGAACAGCACGCUAGAGCCGUGUGCACGGGCGUUUUUAUAGCCGCUGCUUCAUUUAUUAUAAACAAACAAUGGUGGGGAAAAUAAAGCGGGUGCGACAGAAACUUCACCACGACGCCGUGAAGAUAAACACUGGGGAGGAAAAAACUUCAUCAUGUCUGGAAAAGGCCCCCGCUUUACCUUUAAACAUCACCACAAAAACAGAGACGCGGAUAAAACCGGCUGAUAAAAACCCCAGAGACGUGAAGGCGUUAAACUUCCCCAAGGGCGUUUUCGCUGGUACUGUGAUUCCUCCUGAAGCUCUGGUUCAGACUCUCAGUGUUUCCGAGCUUCCAGCAAAACCAACUGCCGAACCAACUGAGGAAAAGCCCAGAGGUGUCGGGGAAAAGAAGCAGCAGUCGAAGAAGGAGAAGAUGAAGGAGAGACGAGAGCGAUGGCUCAACAAGAUCAGCGCCAUUAAACUGGCCCGGGAGAAUCGGACGGAGCUCGCACGCCGCAAGGCCACGCCCGUCGUCGGGGAUAUGAGGGUAUUGGCUGAUGCACUUCCUGAGCUCCUCCCUUGCAUCAGAGCGCCCGCGUCCAAGAAACAGAAAGGUAUGGUGAAGAAGAAAGCAGAACCUACAGAUUACUGUAAGAUGAAGCCUGCGCAGAAACGCAAACUGCUUGAGCUGGAAAUGUCCCGCUUCAGUGAGGCCAUGAGAGACACCGCCUUCAAGUCCAACCCCCUCGCUGCGAUUGGUGAACACUUGAGGAAACGGCUCAAACAGGAAGAAGAGCAGAGUUAACUCCGCCUGCUUUCUCCUAACGGACUCCUCCUUGAUCACACACACCGACGCGCUCCAUGACCUGACUGCCGCUGUGUCUCUGCCCUCUCCCUGUGUGUGUGUGUGUGUGUGUGUGUGUGCGCGUGUGCGUGUGUGUGUAAGUAAUGUAUAGCCCUGUCUUUGCCAACUCUUUCAUUAUUACUCCCAGUGCACAAGUUCAGAACCUCGAGAUGUUCCUCAUCGGCGCUGACUGUUCCUCCGUGAGAAGAUGAUUAUGAACUCUGCAGUUCUGCAAAAAAAAUGACAGAUAAUUGCAGUAUUAAAGGAAUAGUUCAUAAAAUCACUUCCCAGUUGUUCAUAUUAAAGAUGUCUUUGUGAAUCAGAGCAGGAAUCUCAGGAGUGAAGGGGAUCAGCGGUGACUGAUGAAUCGCUCCGACGCCCCGUCAGGCUCCUGAUAGACUAAUGUGAUCAAUACAGUGCAGAGACUGAGAGAGAGAGGCCAUUAGCUUUCAUUAAUAAACCAUCAGACAGAGACGUGUUGGCAGAGCAACAAAAGCUCGGCAGCAUCGUGGUCGCAAACGCCCGGUUAGAAACCCAUCUCCAGCCUUAGCACUUAAUCCACGGUCUGACUGAGUGUUCAGUAUUCUCUGUGUUCACAAUCACAAAUUUAACACAGUGUAGGUCUGAUAACAGAGAAGAACGAGCCCAAGGCUGACCUCGGAUCAGCAGGAAUGAGCUGCUUUAUUUUAUUCAAAUCCAAACGUGAUUUAAAUGAUUUUUAGUUUCAGAGUCAGAAGCCAAAAUAUAGUUUUUAUGUAAGGAGUAAAUGAACUGUGUAGUUUUAUAUUGUAUGCUACGCUAUAGUAUAUAAUAAUUAAGUAAUAAAACAGUAUGUGUGGUGCUGUUCAAGGAAAACAAUCAACGAUGGGGUGGUGUAACCAUUCUGUCACCACUCUGAAGUUGAUUAUUUCCCUAUAACAGCACCUCCCAUAAGUGUUUUAUUCCACUUAUGCAACACUGACUUUCCAGCUAUUUUUAUUUAUUAAAGAAUGUCAUGGAACUUUUUAUCCAUUUAUAUUUACAUUUUAUGUUGGUAAAACAAGUUGGUUCCUGUUCUCGUCA